UUAUAGAGUUUAUGAAAAUUAUUACAACCAAACAAAGAGAUUCAAGAAAAUCACAAAAAUCAAUUUACAUCCCAACUUUUCUCCAACUGCAGCAAAAAUCAAUGGCCCCUAUUUUCUCUUUGCACUCUCAUUCCCUUCUCUCUCAUCCCUCAUUUUCACCUCCGCAACAAGAAAUAAGGAGGAACAAGAAUUCCUGCUUUAUCUGCUGCAAGAGCAAUGUGGUUGAUCAGCAAAAUCAAUGCGUGAGCGUUGGAGAUGAAUGCAAGAAGCGAAGGAGAGAGCUGCUGGUGCAGGCGGUUUCUGCUGUGUUUGCUUUUCCUACAGUUUCUUCAGCUGCAUUGGCUGCUGAAACCGCAUUACCAGAGGGUUUUCGUGUUUACACUGAUGAGGUGAACAAGUUUAAGAUCGCUAUUCCAGAAGAUUGGCAAGUAGGCACGGGAGAAGGAGACGGAGUGAGGGCGCUGAUUGCUUUCUAUCCACAGGAUGCCUCGAGUUCAAACGUGAGCAUUGCGAUCACAGGCCUCGGUGCUGACUUCACCAGAUUGGAGUCGUUUGGCAAAGUCGGUGAAUUUGCAGAGACUCUUAUUGGUGGUUUGGACCGAAGCUGGCAGAGGCCUCCCGGUGUUACAGCCAAACUCAUCGAUAGCAGAUCUGCCAAUGGGCUGUAUUAUAUAGAGUACACAUUGAAAAAUCCUGGAGAAAGUGGGAGGCAUUUGUAUUCGGUGCUUGGUGUAGCAAAUAAUGGGAUUUACAACAGAUUAUACACUCUCACCGGACAGUUUGUCGACGAAGAGGAAGAGAAAUUUGGUCCCAAGAUUCAAAAGGCUGUUUCAUCAUUCAGAUUAAGCUAACGAUUCAUCCAAGGCCAUUAUAUUGUGCUUGGUUGAUGUUAAGAGUUAAAUGUCAACACUAUAUCUCGUGGACACUCCGUUAUGAAAACAUUUUCUCCAGUGGAAGUUUUGUCCCAGAAA